ACCUUCAGAUCAGAGACUGAUCCGGACGCGCAGGAAGAGGAGUGUACUAGCCUACCCCAAAACAACUCGAAAGUAUGACGCGUUGGUGUAGGAUCAGACUCCGAUCUGCCAAAGUGAAUCACGUGACUAAUUUUUUUGUGAUGCAAUGACUUCUUGGCUCCAGUCCAGACAUUCUGUCAUAGCGACGCAGUAGUGUCUCUUCUUCUCUCGUCUGGUUGCGAUGCUUCAAACUGUUUCGGGUACCAGUAGUGAUCUGCAAGCUGUUCGCGAAAGCAUUACGUCAUCCGGAGGUUGUAAGUCUUCUCCUUCCGUGUGUGAAGGCGGUUCUGGUUCUCCAGCAAGACAUCUUGAAAUUUUGCGUGAGCACUGGCUGGAGCUCAAGCAACGUCUCACACCAUCACGAGUCGUUCAUGCGCUUUUCCAUCGAAAAAUAAUGUCACAAGAAGAACUUGAAGAUUUCGUUGAAGUGAAAGAAUCGAGAAACUCUACUGCAACUAAACUAUUGAUGCUUAUGCAGACGCGAUCUUGCCAUCAUUUCGUCGUCUUCGCGGAGGUGCUAAGUGAAACAAUUGGUAUAGAAGAUUUGGGACGAAAACUGCUACAAGAAGCCAAGUCAACAGAUGAUGACGUGACUGCUUUGGUAAAGGAGUUACAAAUGAAACUGGAACUGAAAGAACAAGAAGUCAUGCAGCUUCGUGGGAAUGCUUGUAGGCCUUGUGCAGAGUGUCAUUCACUAAGAAAGGCCGUUGUGGCUGAAAGUCUCAUUGCUGAUGCAGUACAUCAAGCUUCUCCAGACUUGCUCAAACAAGGUUCUAGAUAUGUCUCUUCCUAUAAAUGGAAAUUUGGAACCAAUCUACCACACUGUGGCAUGUUCUUUAAUCGGUUUGUUGUGUCAGAGAAGAGAGCUAUUGCUUCUGACUGGCACAAAAAUCAAGUGUAUGUCACUGAUCUAUGUUCAGAGCCAUUAAGAUGGGUGACUAAAUCAAAUACCCAUGAUGCUGGUCGUCUCUACAGAUUGUUUACUGUUGGUAAUAAGUGCUAUGGAACAUUUUACAAAGAAGACAGCAUUCAGGAACAAACGAUUGCUUCAUACAACAUUGAUAAAAAUGAGUGGACAAAAGUAGCUGAUCUUCCUUCCAAUACAGCUUUGCAGUGGUAUGGAAUUGUUGGUGACAGUAAUCGAAUCUACGUAGUGGGUGGGUGGGAUGCUGCCUGGAGUGCGUUGAAUACAAUAUUCGUUUAUGAUGCACAGACUGGAUUAUUGUGUGGAAAAAAGACACUGAUGAGCAGUCGAAGAAGUUGUGCUUGUGCAAUUGUCAACAAGAUGUUGUAUGUUGCAGGUGGAUUCUGUGGAACCAAGGGUCUUAAACAGGUGGAAGGAUUUUCGCUGAAUGACUUUUCCUGUCACAAGUUGGCUUCGACAGAGACAUACAGAUGUUCAAUGGCAGCACUGUGUGGUCAAUUAGUUACAUCUGGUGGCACUACAGAAUCAGGUGACUACUCGCCUUGCAGCAAUGCUGUGUCAGUCUUUGAUCCAUCAAUUAAUGUUUGGCUACCGUCAGCACCGAUGAACAGCAGACGACUUUUCCAUGGGAUGUAUGCACAUGAAGACGACGGUAUACUGUCUGUUGUUGGUGGAGAUGAUUGUGUAAAUGGACUGCUUCAUGAUCUCAAUUCUGUUGAACAUCUUAAAAUUAUUGCUGUGUAAGUGAUGACAUUUAAUUAAGCCGAUAGUCAGUAAGUGAAAAGGGCCAUGUAAUAGUUUAGUUUAAUAAUCUAUUUGACUUUAUAGAUGUAUGCCAAGACAACUUGAUAGAGACAAACUUUAAUAGUAUAUGCAUUGCAGUUCAUUUACAAUGUAUUAAGCUAUUACUUUACUCUGAAUUGUAGUGUAUUUAUUAUCUUCAUCACGUAGACAGCAGAUCAACAAAGACUUUGUUUCAAUAAAUUCCGCCAUA